UUCAAUGGGUUAGGUCCACUUACUUUUUCUUUUGUUGAUUUCUAAUCUUUAGAAUUGGAAUAAUGAAAAAUAGAAAUAUAUAUUUGGCGAUUCAAGAGACGAUUUCUCAUUAUUCAUUAUAAUAAACAAAUCUUCAACUUUCUUUUAUAAUGACUCUCUAUAACUUAUAUCAUUACCUUCUCUAACUUAUAAUUACUCUCUAACUUAUUAGAAUGAUAACUUAUUAGAAUAAGAAUGAAAUUAGAAAAAUUAGAAAUAAUACAGUUUCUAAUUUCAUUAUUAUACAUUAUAUAGAUAAAGUCGAUUUAGUAUUACAAAAAUAUUAACAAUUUUGUUUAAACAUGAAUACUACCACUGCACUGCAGUUUUAUCAAAAAAAAGGAAAAGCCCCUUAUCGGAUUUGAACCGAUGACUUACGCCUUACCAUGGCGUUACUCUACCACUGAGUUAAAAGGGCCUAUUUGGUUCAAUUACUGAAUGAGUCACUAGGGUAAUAAGGUCUAUCUAUAGGUAUAUAUUAUAAGUAUAUACAGUAGACUCAUAGUGGCUAGUAGCUCAUUCAGGAACGAGAAUUUGAAUUGACUUCCAUUUUACUUAACGGGUAUAGGUUCAAAUAGGUUUAGUGAUAUUAGAUUUGAUAAAUAUCAAUGCAAUGAAUUGUUUCAAAGACUGACCUUAAUUUGCCCCAUUAGAACAGAACGAAAUUCAUUUGAUUGAUAUAUACAUGUACCUACCAAUUCGACAUAGAUCCAAGAUAUUUCAUCGAAGCAUGUGAUGAAGAGAUUCGGUUUGUCCCCCGAACCGAAAUUAAAAAAAAAACGAAGCUUAACUCUCUUUUCUUUUAUGUUUUCAGACCAAUCAUUUCUCGAAAAGAUCCUAUAUUUCGUACUAUUAUUUCUAUUUGAUUUGAAUAUUAACAUAUAAUAGAAAUGAAAUCGAAAUAAUAUAAAUUAAUAGAAUAUCGAUUUCUCUAUAGAAUUGUGAUUAGAAUGAAUGAUUCAUGAAUAUAAAUGACAAAUCAAAAAAUUUUAUGGAAUCAUAAAAGACGGAAAGAGCCUUCGGGGCUAGUCAUACCAUUCCAUUAUAUUGACAAUUUCAAAAAACUGUUCAUACUAUGAACAUAGUAUGAUGGCGGUCGGGCAAGUAUGCCCCCAUCGUCUAGUGGUUCAGGACAUCUCUCUUUCAAGGAGGCAGCGGGGAUUCGACUUCCCCUGGGGGUAGGGUACUACGAAAGGAAGCUGAUCAUGGAUUAUCAAUAAACUUCAAAUUGAUUCUUCCUGGGUCGAUGCCCGAGCGGUUAAUGGGGACGGACUGUAAAUUCGUUGGCAAUAUGUCUACGCUGGUUCAAAUCCAGCUCGGCCCAAUAAUUCGCUGUCCACCAUGAAAUGAUAUAACCCAUUUUUUUUUCAUAAAUGUCAGUCAGUAUGCAA